AUCAUUGGGGACGUAAAAGUCGGUGCGAGCGGUUGUAGAAUUUGGGGGGUGUUUGUGUCCACCGUAUCUGCAAAAUGGAUUCCAUUUUUUCUCUUUCUUUAAAAAAUAAUAAAUAAAUAAAAUAUGUAUCUUUUUACAGUUUUCCUCAUUGCCUCCAGUUCGAGUGGUCUUUGCAGUGACCAUGGAGGGAAGCGCCCGGAAGGUCAUCACGGUUCGUUCCGCUUUGAUUGUGAAAAACAAAUUGGAAAUGCCAAUGGAGCUGAGGCUGGACAGCCCUUCCGCACCGGACAGGAUCUCCCUCGAAAACUUCACCCACUGCAAGGAGCUUUUGAUCCCCCCGGGAACCCAAAACUACGUGGUGCGGAUGAGGCUGUACGACAACAACCGGCGUCUCCUGAACCUCGUCAUCCGGAUCGUGGGCCAAGCCAAAGGUUCCUUGAAGAUAUUCAUCUCGGCUCCUUACUGGCUCAUCAACAAAACAGGGUUGCCGCUGAUUUUCCGGCAAGACAACGCGAAGACCGACGCAGCCGGCCAAUUUGAAGAGCACGAGUUGGCCCGCAGCCUGAGCCCCCUCCUCUUCUGCUACGCCGACAAAGAACAGCCGAACCU